CAACAACACGGAAGGAAGAGAAAAUAGUGAAGAGAAAGUUGAUUCCUACUCUCACCCUGUCCUGCCCCAUGGCCCUGAAGAUCGUCGACGGCGGGCAAUCCCUGGACCCUUGGAGCUGUGCCUACUGCUUUUGGCAAAUUCAAAGGCAAAGCAAACCGAAAAUGGAUGCUUCCAACGUUAAACAUGAGCCCUCGGAUGCCUCCAUCAUCACGCUUGAAUCCUCGGAUGGGGUGAUCUUUCCGGCGGAAUUCCGAGUCGUCAAGGUCUCCGAAACCGUCAAGACCAUGUUGGCGGCCUCUGCCUUGGAAAACGGCGGGAAUGCAAUUGUGCCGCUGCCCAAUGUGGACGCGUUCAUCCUAAAUAAGAUUUUAAUCUGGGCCGAUCACCACAAGAACGAUGAUGCCCAGGCAACGGAGGCUGUGGAGGUGAUCCCGGGAAGCCCACCUGUCAUCUCCCCAUGGGACGCCAGCUUUAUGGACGUCGAUCUACCCACCUUGUUCGAAAUCGUACAUGCCGCCAAGUAUCUGGAGAUCAAGGACCUAGUGGCUCUCUGUUGCAAGACAUUGGCCAAUAUGAUUCGGGGCAAGACUCCCGAGCAGAUCUGCAGCAUCUUCAACAUCACGAAUGACUUGUAAGGCACAGUCUCUUUCGGACCAAAUCCACCUGGGACACCUGGAGAAGAAGAGGAGAAAACUUUCUGCACUGCAACCCCACUUUGUUGAGAACUUUUUUGUUUCACCUGAAUAAAUAUGAAUACCAGUGUUGGGAAAAGUA